CUACUGCUCUGCUUAUUUCACCAGCUCUCUAACGACUUUACCUGACACCAAGACAGACCUUAAAAUCACUUUCAUUCGACGCUCAAGGCUUCUUUUCUCCGCUUCCGCUUGUUCCUUCUUGUUAAGUUGCUACGAAGAGACCGCAGACCGAAGUGACAUUUAGCGUGAAGUUACGUUAAUUCAUUCAUCACAACAAUGGCAACACAGGAUUUUAAUUUUUUGCUUGCGACGGAUUCGUAUAAGAUCACACACUACAAACAGUAUCCUCCCAACGUCAGCAAAAUCUACUCCUACUUUGAAUGCAGACGUAAGAAAGGCACCCAGUUCAGUGAGGUGGUGUUCUUCGGUCUCCAGUACCUGCUGAAGAAGUACCUCACAGGCCCAGUGAUCACAGAGGAGAAGAUUCAGGAAGCCAAGCUCUUCUACCAGAUGCACUUCAAACAGGCUGUGUUCGAUGAAGAAGGCUGGAGGAAAGUCCUUGAGAAACACGAUGGCCGUCUUCCUAUUCGGAUCAAAGCUGUCCCCGAGGGCAGGAUCAUACCCAGAGGCAACGUUCUCUUCACUGUGGAGAACACAGAUCCAAACUUCUACUGGCUCACUAACUACAUUGAGACCAUGCUGGUCCAGAUGUGGUAUCCCAUCACAGUAGCCACCAUUUCCCGGGAGUUUAAGAAGAUCCUGGCCAAGCACCUGAAAGCCACCUCAGGGAGCCUGGAGGGCCUGGACCUGAAACUGCAUGACUUUGGCUACAGAGGAGUGUCCUCACAGGAGUCUGCAGCUUUAGGUGGAGCUGCUCAUCUGGUUAAUUUCUGCAGCACAGACACAGUAGCUGGACUGUUGAUGGCUCAGAGAUACUACAGCUGCCCAAUGGCCGGGUUCUCCAUUCCAGCAGCAGAGCAUAGCACCAUCAUAUCCUGGGGGAAGAGCAGGGAGAAGGAUGCAUUUGAGCGAGUCCUGGACCAGUUCUCCUCUGGACCGGUCUCAGUGGUCAGUGACAGCUAUGACAUCUUCAAUGCCUGCAAACACAUCUGGGGAGACAAGCUGAAGGAGCGAGUCAUGGAGCGCAGCCAGGACUCCUGUCUGGUCAUUCGACCAGACUCUGGAGACCCUGCAGAGACUCUUAUUGAGGUCAUCAAGAUUUUGGAGGAGUGUUUUGGUUGUUCUCUGAACUCCAUGGGAUACAAGGUGCUGCCUUCCUACCUGCGAAUUAUUCAAGGAGACGGCAUUGACCUCAACUCAGUGGAUGAGAUUCUGCAGAAGUUGAGUGAUGAGGGCUGGAGUGCCGAGAAUGUUUUCUUCGGUUGUGGCAGCGCUUUGCUUCAGAAGCUCAACAGAGAUACACUCAGCUGUGCCUUCAAGUGCAGCUAUGUGGAGACCAACGGCAAAGGAAUGGAUGUGUACAAACAACCAGUGACCGACCCAUCUAAGAUGUCAAAGAAGGGUCGAUUAUCACUGAGGAGAAACUCUGAUGGCUUCAUAGAGACAGUAGAGAAAGGAGCGGGCAAGCCUGAGGAGGAUAUGCUGGUGACUGUGUUUGAGAACGGCAGCUUGGUGCAGGAAUACUCCCUCGAGGAGAUCAGGAAGAACGCCCGACUGCGGGACAAGGAGAUGAACCCCACCCUGCACAACCACAAAGAGGAGCUGCUGCACAAUCACAUCAUCAACGGGAUUCAUUAGAUCAGCCACAAAGCCUCUUGCUGUGCACAUGGUACUUCAGUCUUUAACGGGGUGCACUGGCUUCCUCUGUGGAGGGAAUGAAGACUGCAGUGUUUUAGAGAGUCACCCAUCACAAUAACAACUGGACAUGUUGAAACCCCCUCCACCCCUCACACACUCACCUCAUCCUGAGGAGGCCAAUGGUGAGAUUGUUUUCAGGUAGAUCAGCUUCUAUCGCUUUCUAUUGUGGCCAGCACACAGUUCACUCCUCUUUAUAUCUAUAUAUGUGAGGCUGUGUGAGCACACAGUUACACUGCCCUCUAAUGGCCACAACCAUCACAACUGAAGCUCAGGGUCAAAUAUCAUAAGCUAUAGUAGUUUUUUCUCCUUUCGUUUAUGGAUUUAAAGAUACACACCCCGAGUUGAGGGUUGCUACUAAACACUAAAAUAGACUUAGGGUGUGUAUCUUUUAAAGAAGGCAGAUUUUAACAUAUAACAUAUGCAGUAGCUUUACAUCCGAGCAUUUUCAGGUCAAAAACUGAUGCUUCCAAAAAUUCCAAGCUUCCAUGUGUUGUUUGUUUUACGGGUAGAGUAGAAAAGUGUUUGAAGCAGCAUUAAAAAGGCACUAAAAUCCACCAUCACUCAAUAUGCAUUGUAUAGUAUUAAUUAGAGUGCCACAUCAACAGGUGUGGGCAACACUAUGUAUUUGAUAUACAAUACUUAACUUAAGGUCAGUCUCAGCUCCACAUAUCAGCACUGCUCCAGCCAUACUUUCUGCUUUGUUUGUAACAGACAACAUCAGUCCUGUAGAAUCCACAGCUUGAACAAACACAUUAGACUGUAGAUCACAUCAGAUUGUAGAUAUGAAAGGAGCACAAACCCUGUAUGAUAUAUAAAUGAGGAUAUCACAACACUGAGCAGAUUGUGCUACACUGCCGCAGUUCGAUGACUUCUGAUGCCGGAGACCCACAAAGCACACUCCGUUUCAUCAUCAGGUCUACUGAAAUAUUCUGCCAGUGUCCAAAUUGUUAGUCUAAUUCUCUGGUUCCCAUCUUUUUUUGAUUUGUGACCAUUUAAAGUGAAGCAGUGUGUACUUGUGACCCCUUGCCAUUAGUUUAGUGUUUAUGAGUUGUGAGCAGUUCAACUAACCAAAGACUCAUUUUUAAUAUCAGUUUGGGUUUUAUGGCAAUUUGUAGAGCUCUAAGGAGGGAUAUGGCCCCAUUUAAAUUCCAUAAGUAUGAGCAAAAGGUGACUUUACAGUGUUCUCAUCAGACAUAUAUGGUGCUAAUUCACACUUUCAUAUUCUACCAUUUAAACAACUUCCAAAUUUCUUUAUGUCCUGUGAUAUAGUGACAUACAACAAGAUUUGUUAGAAUGAUUAUUAUAACUGAUGUUCUAAUAUGAACAAUCUGUUACCCUGAAAUGCUGAAAGCUACAGUUAACACAAUGUUUUAGCUUUGAAUUGUUUCCAUUUAAACAGUGUUGCUGCUGUAAAGAUACACAUUAGAGGCAUAUUGCACUAAUCUCCCAUCUGCCUGCACAGACUGUAUGCAUCCUCUCUGUUAGUAAAAGUCAAAUGUAACCAUCAUCUGUCAUGGAUUGGAUUGGAUUUGUCAAAAUGUAACAUUUUAAUCUCCUUGAAACAUGUUAUAAGAAAAUUGUGAAUUAAUUUGAUUAUUAAGAAUUAGAUUUUCAUCAUUUGAUUUUGAAUAUUUUGUAAAUAACAUAAUGAUAUUAAGACAAUGCGUUGAUAUUUAUCUCAGUUAUAAAUAGUGAGUGUGAUAAUAAUGAAAUGAUGUUAGUGAUAUCAACAGCAGGAAUGAAACAUUUUAUCUCUGUUUUAAACAAAAAAAACAAUCAAACUGCGUCAUAAUAUUGUGAUGAUUUUAUUCAAAAAGUAAAAGUUGAUUGUUUUAUUUCAGUGUAUUUACAUUUCAGAUUACAGAAAGACCCUAACAUUUAACUGUCUUUAUUAAAUUUAAUGUAUGCUUGUUGCGCACAUCUAAAAGUAUGCUUCCUGGUGGAUGGCCGCUUAGACUGAGAGCUCCUGGCAUCAACAUUGUUUAUUUGAUCUACUUUACUCAACCUGUGGGUUACCUAUCAGCAGUUAUAUCGUUGACAUGAAACCAUGUCACUUCAAAAUCAAAAAGAGUAAUGGAGACAGACCAGCAAGACAAAAAAAAAAACAGUGAAAAAACUUGCUAGGACGCAUGAGCUACUGAAGUAAAUGGAUGCAAACCCGAAAGCAGCAUUGGCAGCAUUGUAAUCAGUCAACUUCAGCAAUUGAAGAAAACUUAGCAGUUACUUCAGAACAUCUGGAUAAUGCCAAGGCCCGGCUUUCCUCCCUGAAAGACAGCUGCCAAGGCUGACCCUAUGGUCCCCAUGUCUAGAACAAAUGGGUUAACGAGUUAGUAGUCUUAACUUUGUCCCUUACCCAGCACCAUAGCACGUCUUUCUCAGCAUCAAUAGACACUUCAGCCAAUGAUGGAUAUCUCUAACUACCUGACCAAGCACUUGGCCAUAGCAACUGACUAUACAAGAUUGUACUGGUCUGGUCUAAAAUAUUAAGUUGAAACAACUAUUGUGACAGAACAGAACAGAACGUUUUAUUUUUGCCUUUUUUGCAUAUUAUAUUAAAAAUGAAUAACAGGACUCAUCUCCCUCCUUUGUCAGACAUAAUACACUGUGUGUUCAUUUUCUUAUUCAGUGUGUAUCCUCUUGCAUGCUGUAAUUAGCUUACUCAGCUAACAUUAGACAUGCUUUCUUAACACUACCCUGCGGCUCCAUGUUUAAAGUUAUAAUUACAGGGGCAAACUUCUGUUUUAUUUGGGACUUAACUUAAAUGCAGCAGUGGUUACAGUUAAUAUUACCAUAAUCUAAGGCGCCUUUGUGGAUGUUUUCCCAGGCUUAUUCUCUCCAGACACACCCUACCAUCACCCUUAAGGUUAAAUGUUCAUGUUACUUGUUACAUUAUUUGGUAUUUGUCUUUAGUGUUGGUUACUUGGUUGGUUGCUUUUUUCUGUUUUUAAGCUGUUUUGUACCCCAGUUUUAAGUUAGUCCAUGAACAAGCAUGAUCACAAUAGGGAGCAGAGUUUCUGUAGUUUAAAUACAAAGGAUAUGGGCAAGUAGUUAAUAGAAAGUCUCAAAGCAAGCAAAUAUGGUAUAGUCUUCUUCCAGGAGACACAACUCUCAGAACUAGACAAUAAGAAAUUGUGGAGGGAUUGGGUGGAGCAAGUCUUUUACUAGUUUAGCAACAGCUGAGAAUCCUCUAUUAUUCAUUAUCGCCACCAGCUGUGGUGCUCUGUCGUUUCCUGAUUGACUGAAGAGAAAUAGCUACAUCCUUAUGUUCUAAAACUGCACUUGGCAAUUUGACAUGGUAGGUCUUUUGAGACCUCAGGCAACAGCUUCUGACGCUCUGCAACUAACCAGUUCACACCGCUGCAACUUUUCCGUGCAACAUUCUGAAAUGGUUUUGUCUCAUUGCGAAUUCUCUUGAAAGGGGCAUGCCUCCACUUAUACACUCUCAUUCUGAAGAGGGUUAAAGAAUCUUCAGACGGUCGUAGCUAUAGACCUAUCUCCAUAAAAGGUUGUGGCCUCCCUGAUGGAGUGGUGGAUCAGACCUUAACUUGCUGCAAUUAAUCUAUAGGGAAACAACUGCAGCUGUGGUAACUAAUGGACUAAUUUCCCCAUACCUCAAGAAGUGUAGAAGUACCCGCCAGGGAGACCCAACCUCCUCAGAACCAUUAGCUGCUUCCAUUCACCUAGAUCCUAAAUUUCCCAGUAUUGGUGUGGGGCCCACAAUUGCGUAAGGUGAUGCUUUAUGCAGAUGAUAUAUUGACCUUUGUUCGAAAUCAAGAGACUUCCAUUUUUGCGUUGUUAUCCACUAUCAAAUGCUUUUCUAGAUUCUCAAAAUAGAUUGUUCUAAAUGUGAAGCUCUUGCCCUAACAUCAUACUGUCCCAAAACCAGGGACCUUUAGAUGAUUGCCUUAAAAAACUUAAAAAUAGGGUGCAUCAGGGAGACUCAGGGAUACCAAACCUACUUCUGUACCAUUAUGCCUUUUGCCUACAGCACUUGGCACACUGGUAUCUCCUUUCAGAGCGGGCUCUCCAUCCUUCAGUGUAGCACAAUCUUGCUCUGCUCUUCCCUUGGUUGGGUACCUUUCUGCCUCUGUUCCUCCAAGUUCUCAGUCUCACCCCAUACUAUAAUGCUUUAAGAGAGUUUGUUAGAAGAUUGCAAAGAUCCUUCAUUUUGACCCUUUCCUGAACAUGACCUCUAGUAUGUAAUACAAUCCCUGCCCAUAUAUUAGUAAAUCAUCUUUUAUUGUAAAGAACUGCCCAUUGUCCAAACCUAUAGCUUAACUCCCUACCCUGUGCACACAUCCAUGCAUUUGCCAAUUUAAUUGUAUAUAUUGUCCUUUUCUUCUUGUUUUGUCUGUUCAUAUUUCUGUCUAAAAUUCAAUAAAAUGUCAAUCACAAAAAAAGAGCCACAAAUAGUAGAAAUACUUUAGUUGACCCUUAUAAACUCAUGUAUCUACAUAUUCAGUUAGCACAUGGAAAUGUAACAAAUGAUUACCUGUCUUAACCACAUUAUAAUGUAAAAGUAGAAUCACUUUUUAAUUGGCUCCUUUCUGUGACAGGUGUGACAGGUAACACAGAAAAUGCUACCUAUGUUUAUAGCAACACACCAGUUGAUUUGUCUGACGUGUGAGCCAAUCAGAAGCAGAAAUAUUUAACAAAAGGCAACAUUAGCUGAUUGGUCAGUCAGGACUGAUGCAAGUGAGCUACAGGAGUGCUGACGACUGAAAAAACACCAGCUUGUCAUUUUUUGGGGGUGUCAAUCUCUAUAAUAAGCUGCUUUCAAGUGUGCAUUUGACCUUUUUUCUUUUGUGUAUUUUAUGCAUUGGAAACAUGACUCCAAAGCUGCUGUUGCUUUUUUUAUUUAUUGUUUUUUGGCCAUAUAAAAGGGCUAGUUCAUUUUUAGUAUUCAUUUUUCUUUCUUUCCUUUCAUGCUUCUUAAUUUUUGUGUGAACAUGUUUGUCUUUUUAAUAUUCAGCAACAUGUUCCACAACAAUCAGUAAUAUCCUUGCUGAUGUGCAGUCUAUAAUGAUGUGUGAUGAAGUAGUGAUGCAGUUUGCCACCAACACUGGACAGUGCAUGGUUUACCUCUUGUGUAGUACUGGCACUAAUUAUAUAUGUAAUUAUACUUUGUAAAUAUAAUUUUUGAAAAAAUGAUUUGCUUUUAACCGGUCUGUAUCUUUUAAAUGUUCUUUAAUUUUGUUUGUCCUUAAUAUUUGUUUGUUUGUCUUUUAAAAACUGACCUUUUGUAAGAUUAAAAGCAAAAGCAUAAAUUC